CUGGUCAUUCGUUCACUUGCGGUUGGUGACUUAAGUCAAAACAAUGAAAAAGUUACAAAUUUUAGUUGUUUGGUGUGUUUGGGCACUUAUUUUGUGUUUGGAAGUUACCCCUGCCAAAGACAGCUUUUUUAGGACUUUGGUAACGUCUCAAGAUAACGAAACUGGUGAAAUUAAAUUCUCGAAUGGGUCGGAUACUUUAUUAAAACCAUAUCGGGAUACUUUUAUUAAUGUGCAAGUUAUUGAAAAACCUCACAAUCUCUUUAUCGGACGGUGUAUGGAAAACGAAAAUGAGUUACACGCACAGAAAAUUGUCGUAAAUAACGAUGGGAACUCACAUUUAUCAGCGGUUAUGAGAUUCAACGUAGCAACCGAUAAAAAUGUUGUAAUAUCCUGUGUGAAUGUCUAUGACGAGGCUCCUGGUAUCGGGGCGUAUCCAUCAUACGCCGGAGGUGGUGUUGGAUAUAACUACGUAGAAAUCGGCGUGAUUACAAAAUAUGGUAAAGGAUUUGCGUUCUUUGUGCAGAUUUUCGGCAAAGAUUUGCAGCAAUUAUCGCCGUAACAAAAGCAAAAUUAUUAUGAUUUAUUAUUAAUCAGUUUUUAUUGUUCACUAAUAACUUAGAUAAUUGUAUGUUGCAGAUAAAAUAAAUAAAAAUAACAAUAGACAUAUAAA